AUGGAGUUUUCAAAUGGAGAUAAUAGCAAUGGUAAUAACAACAAUAGUGGUUCUUCGUUGAAUUUUUGCAAUGGUGGAACUGAUGAUCCUUUGAAUUGGGGUAUGGCGGCGGAUUCAAUGCGAGGCAGUCAUCUUGAUGGGGUGAAGCGAAUGGUGGAGGAGUACCGGAAGCCGGUUGUGCUGUUAGGUGGAAAGGGGUUAACGAUAUCUCAAGUGGCCGCGAUUGCUACACACAACACCGGUGUGGCGGUUGAACUUGCCGAAGAGACACGCGCCGCUGUUAAAGCUAGUAGUGAUUGGGUGGUUGAUAGUAUGAACAAAGGGACGGAUAGUUAUGGAGUAACCACUGGGUUUGGUGCAACCUCUCACAGGAGAACAAAACAAGGUGGUGCUCUCCAAAAUGAACUCAUAAGAUUUCUGAAUGCCGGAAUUUUCGGCAAUGGAACGGAAACAAUUCAAACAUUACCUCACACAGCUACAAGAGCAGCCAUGUUGGUGAGAAUCAACACACUGCUUCAAGGAUAUUCAGGAAUAAGGUUUGAAAUCAUGGAGGCAAUAGCAAAAUUUCUCAACCAUAACAUAACACCAUGUCUUCCAUUAAGAGGCACAAUCACUGCAUCAGGUGACUUGGUUCCUUUAUCCUAUGUUGCCGGCCUUUUAAUCGGACGUCCGAACUCGAAAUCUAUUGGACCUGAUGGAAAAAUUCUCAAUGCUAAAGAGGCUUUUCAACUAGCCGGAAUCGAAACUGGUUUUUUCAAGUUGCAGCCGAAAGAAGGUUUGGCUCUUGUGAAUGGUACUGCUGUUGGAUCAGGUUUGGCUUCGUUGGUUCUUUUUGAGACGAAUUUACUUGUUGUUUUGUCGGAGCUUUUGUCGGCGAUUUUCGCCGAGGUUAUGCAAGGAAAGCCUGAAUUCAGUGACCAUUUGACUCAUAAGCUGAAACACCAUCCUGGUCAAAUUGAGGCUGCUGCUAUAAUGGAACAUAUUUUAGAUGGAAGUUAUUAUGUUAAGGCUGCACAAAAAGUACAUGAAAUGGAUCCACUUCAGAAGCCUAAACAAGAUAGGUACGCGCUUCGGACGUCGCCUCAGUGGCUUGGACCGCAGAUUGAAGUGAUUCGGCACGCAACGAAGAUGAUUGAGAGGGAGAUAAAUUCUGUGAAUGACAAUCCACUUAUUGAUGUUUCAAGGAAUAAGGCACUUCAUGGAGGGAAUUUCCAAGGUACACCGAUCGGCGUUUCCAUGGAUAACACGCGUUUAGCCAUUGCUUCAAUCGGGAAACUCAUGUUUGCGCAAUUCUCUGAGCUUGUGAAUGAUUUUUAUAACAACGGAUUGCCUUCGAACCUAACCGCGAGCCGCGAUCCGAGUUUGGAUUACGGCUUCAAAGGAUCAGAAAUUGCAAUGGCAUCCUAUUGCUCAGAACUUCAAUACCUUGCCAAUCCUGUCACUACUCAUGUUCAAAGUGCCGAGCAGCAUAACCAAGAUGUUAACUCCUUAGGCUUGAUUUCAUCAAGAAAAACUGCCGAAGCAGUUGAAAUAUUGAAACUCAUGUCAUCGACUUACUUAGUCGCAUUGUGCCAAGCAAUUGAUCUGAGGCACAUUGAAGAAAACCUGAAAACCGUAGUCAAGAACACUGUGAGUCAAGUGGCUAAGAGAAUUCUCACAGUCGGUGUAAAUGGCGAGUUGCAUCCAUCAAGGUUCUGCGAGAAGGAUUUGCUAAAUGUUGUUGAACGCGAGUAUGUGUUCGCUUACAUUGACGACCCCUGCAGUGCUACAUACCCUCUAACGCAGAAGCUGAGACAUGUACUAGUUGAUCAUGCACUGCAAAACGGCGAAAAGGAGGCAAAUUCAGCAACCUCAAUUUUCCAAAAGAUUGGAGCUUUUGAGGAAGAGCUUAAGAGCCUUUUACCUAAAGAGGUUGAAAAUGCAAGAGCUGAAGUUGAAAAUGGAAACCCCGCAAUUCCUAACCGGAUCAAGGAAUGUAGGUCUUAUCCAUUGUACAAGUUUCUGAGAGAAGAUUUGGGGACAAGUUUGCUGACAGGUGAGAAAAUUAAGUCACCUGGUGAAGAAUGUGACAAGGUUUUCUCAGCAUUGUGUGAUGGAAGUUUCAUUGAUCCUAUGUUGGAAUGUCUUAAGGAAUGGAAUGGUGCUCCUCUACCUAUAUGCUAG